AACUGGGAGACACACAAACAUGAGAUAACGCGUUUUCUGCUUACCUGGCCUUACGCAACACAACAACACUCCUCCAAAACAUUGAGAUUUUGGGCCUCACUUAUCAAUACGAUCAAUUCCAGUAUAAAGAUACACGAGGCUUAUCUCUUAUCAGUCGAUUCAAGUGAGCGAAGCCGAACAGAGCGAUUUCGAAAAAGGGCGAUUUUUGGAAAUUUCGAAAAAAUGGCUGACGACAUCGAAGUCGGGAUGAAGUGCAUCAAAUACAUGCUGUUUGUGUCCAACUUCAUGUUUGUGAUGAUUGGGUUUUUAUUGAUUUCGAUCGGUUCGACUAUCAAAGCGAUUUAUGGAGACUUCGAACAGUUUAUGGAAGUCCACUAUUUCAGCCCUUCGGUCCUUGCCAUUGCUAUAGGGGUUGUGAUUUUCUUCGUGGCGCUUUUCGGUUGCGUUGGGGCUGUUAAGGAGAGCACUUGUCUUAUCAACUUGUUUGGUUUCUUCUUGACUAUUCUUCUGAUUAUGGAGAUUUCGGCCGCUAUUGCUGCCUAUGCCAUGAGGGGGCAAAUCGAGACUUCCAUCAGGAGGAAAAUGAGCGAUUCUAUUUAUGAUUACAACAAUGAUCCUUACGACAGAGACAUCUGGGAUUUUACCCAACAAAGGUUGUAUUGUUGCGGUAUUGAUGGGGCAAAUGACUGGUACAGCAUUUUUUCUACAACCACCGAAGCCUCAACCUCUUCUAGUACUACAAUAAGUCACAUGUGGCAAGGUCCAUCUUCAUGCUGCCGUCCUCGUUACGGCGGUCACGGCGACGUCCGGACUUGCCCCCGUAAAGAGGUCUUCAAGGACGGUUGUUUGGACGCUUUGACAUAUGUUGUCUCCGAGAGUGCCCUUUUAUUGGGCUGUGGGGCCCUCGCCGUGGCUUUUAUUCAGUUGUUGGGGAUUAUUUUCGCCUGGAUGUUGGCUAAAGCUGUCCGACGUUUGAAGACGCAGAAAUUGAUUGAGAGGGAUCAAGACCGUCAAAGGGCUUACGAGCAGAUGGGUAGAGGGAAGGACGACAAUCCGACUCCGGUCUUGUAUACUCCUACGUAUUCGGAGGCUUGAAGGAUUUAUUUUGUUUGUAUAUACGUGAAAAUUUAAAUUUGUAAUCAACUAAUUAUUGAAAUAAAUUCUAUUUGGUUUUAUGAAAAA